UCGUGGUCGUCUUCGUGCUCCCCCUUCCUCUUCCCGCUUCUUCGCAGCACUGCUGUCCACCCCUUUCCUCCCCCUCCUCCUCCUCCUCGCCCUCCUCCGCCGUGCACAUUGCCACGGCUGCGGGCACAGUUCUCGGUGCACACCCCGCCGCCCGCGCAACGCCUCAAGACCAGCCGGGCACCCUUGGGCAUACCACUAGGGCGCGAGUCUUCGCCCGGCGUCGCCUCCAGCGCCGCCUCGCCAAGUAUGUCGGAGGACAAGACUGCCGGCAUCGACGAGGAGGACGAGUUUGAGGAAUUCGAGGAGCCUGAUUGGGAGACUCCGCCGGCUGGCAAAGACAACAAGCAGUGGGAGGAGGACUGGGACGAUGCCGGCUGGGACGAUGAGGACCAAGACGACUCCUUCCAGAAGCGGCUGAAGGAGGAGCUCGACCGCAUGGACACGGCGAAGCCAGCAGCGCCCCCGUCGUGAGGGCCGCUCUGCCGCGCCGUCGGGCGGUAGGGGUGGCCGCAAGUCGAUGUUCAGGCUGGCACCUCGCUCCGUCCUGGCUGCCCACGGGGUGGGGACGGAGGAGCAGGGCGCCAGUGUGCGGGCGGAGGGGGGCCCUCACGGGCUGCCGCGGAGGCAGCCGCGGCGUUGCCCGCUGCCCUUUCCUGCGCUCCCGCGGGCGCGCCUGGCCCGCGCCGGGGCGGGUUCCGCGACGACCGCUGAAAAGAGUCGGCGGUUGCUGCCGCUGUCGUCGCAACUCCCCUCCUGCAUCCACCUCCACCUCCUC